GUGCAGGAGUCAUUACGUUCUCCGGUAUGGAUCAUUUAGCCGUAGGUAGGGCAAGAUGGCUCCAUCGAUAGGAACAGCUGUUUUACGCCGAAGGACAUCGUAAAGCAAGUAAAUAAUAAAUUGGAAACAAUAUAAAACGACGAAAGACCGACCUCUCGUAUAAAUCGUUAGACCCAAAAGUGCGAGAUCUGAUACAAAAUGUCGCGGGCUUCGCUUUAGCUAGCGCAGGUCUCGAAAGUUACAUGCAACGAUAAACAAUCACGAUUUUAAGAUGGACGUGGUGACCACUAGCCUAGAAGCUCUCAUACAGAGAGCGACGAAUUCACAAAAUCAGAAGCCAGAUGUAGCAGCCAUCGAGGCGUUCUGCGUGUUGCUUACCAAAGAAGCUGAGGGUAUUCAAAUAGGUACCAAGUUAUUGGCGACGCAUAUUCAGUCGCUCAAUGAAUCGGAAGCCUUGCAAGCUCUUUCACUAUUAGAUACUUGUAUGAAAAGAUGCGGUCCAUUAUUUCACGCUGAAGUCGGUAAAUUCCGUUUUCUAAACGAGAUGAUAAAACUUGUCUCGCCGAAAUACUUGGGCGAUCGUACCACAGCCAGUGUGCGGCAGAAGGUCCUGCAACUUCUUUAUGGAUGGAUCAAGGAAUAUCCUCGUGAAUUAAAAAUUAAAGAAGCUUAUGAGAUGCUUAAGAAACAAGGGGUCAUUGAGGAAGAUGCUGCGUUCAUAAUGGCUAACAGUGAGGAGAGUCAAAAGUCGUCGAAGAUAAGGAACAAUAUAUUCGAAAAUGAAGAGAUGUCGAAGCACUUGCGCAAGUUGCUUCACAGCAAGGACCCUUACGAUCUGCAGACCGCGAAUCGACUGAUCAAGGUUAUGGUAAAAGAGGACGAGGAGAGAUUGCAGUUAAGCUCGCGAAGACACAUGGAAUUAGAGUCGGUGCACAACAAUGUGAAGCUCCUCUCCGAGAUGUUGGACUCGUACAAUCAGAAUGAGACCAGCGCGGAGGAUCUUGAGUUGAUGAAGGAGCUGCAUCAGGCGUGCGAGCGGCUGAAACCUAUGCUCUUGAGACUCGCCAGUGAGACUCAAGGCAACGUUGAAAUGCUCGGUGACGUGCUCGCCGCGAGCGACGAGCUCAGCCAGGUCUUCGAGAAGUACACGUCUGUCAUCGUUCUCGGGCAGUCCACAACGGAGUCUUCUAAGGCGAACACUUUCAACAACGGGCCGUCACUCUUAGAUCUAUCGUCCCCAACGGAAAGUGUUCCCUGCGAGGACACCUUGAGCACGCCGAGCGCGACUUCGGCGGACCAUCGAUCGGACAUGGACGUGCUGGGGGACAUAUUUAGCGUGCUGGAGAAACCAGUCAAGUCGGAUGCGAGUCUCCUGAUGCCGAACAACAUCAUGCAACCGAUCAGUAUCUCGCCCGUAAACAAGAAAAACGAAGUUACCAAUACCGAGGGAGAUAAGAUAGACAGUAAAGCGAAAGCACUAGAGGAGUUAAAUGAGUUGGGAGAGACUUUGCUCAAACAAAGUUUGUCGAGUGUGCGCACGUCGCAAGGGAAAUUGAAUAGCAACACGACGAAAACCACUGACUCGGUUUGGAAACAAAAUUGGUCCCGCGAUUCUAACAACAGUGCGUCGCAACGUAUCGCGACGGACCAGUCGGGACGUGCGAGAAAGUGUGAAACAAACGGUGACUCGGAAACUUCGGCGUCCGCGAACUCGUCGAAAAUCAACGUGAUCGCCGAUUCGUGUAACAAGAACAGUAGUGCGGUAACACCGGACGCGAGAAUAUCACAGCAGCAGCAUCAGGAGGUGACGCGCAAUGGUUCGUCGACGGAUGCCGAGCCCGAAAUCAAACCACUAACUGAUAUCAAUGUUAAUCUCGAGGACAUCACACCAGGUACAAAUCCACCUCUGACGGUAAUCGAGGAAAGAAACAGCAUAACCGUGGUCCUUCAUUUUGCCCAAGACAGCCCUAGGCCGGACGUAUCUGUGGUAGUGAUCACUACAAUGAGCAAAAACGCAAAGCCGCUUAGUAAUUACCAAUUCCAAGCAGUCGUGCCCAAAAAAUGCAAGUGCAGACUGCAGGCACCUUCCGGCACAAAGUUACCGGCGCAUAAUCCGUUCCUUCCACCAUCGGCGAUCACGCAAAUCAUGCUGAUUGCAAAUCCUCUCAAGGAGCCCGUGUCCUUGAAGUUUAUGCUGAGCUAUACGUUGGACGACGAAACGUUUACAGAGAUGGGCGAAGUGGACAAGUUACCUCAUCUAUGAGGUCCAGCGCAUCUCUGCGACGAUCCCGAUGCGACGUUGCAUUCGUAUUCGUGCCCUCAGCAGGCCAAAAGUAACAUAAAAAUAUUCCAAUUAUAGAGCGAUCCCAUUUAAGAAUACGUGCAAUGAGAGGUGAAUUUGUUAGAUUUUUUCCCCGCGCUACUUUAAGCUUAGAAUGCAUAAUAAUCUGGAGAGAUCGGUCUGACGACUACCCUAAUUGUACAUUUUAUAUGUAUUGUUCUCCCCGCGCACGAAUGAUGCCUUUCUCUCAAAGGAAAUGAAAGACGCAGUGAACGUUUCAUACGAAACGAGCAUGUGUGCCGAUACCAAGUGUGUUGAUAUUCUUUUAUCAUCUCGUACCCUAAUAGAGAACCGUACAUUUCCAUUCAAAUAUAAUAACGUAAAGAUCGGCAACCAUCUGAAUUAUAUUUAUUUUCUAAUUUCGAGUCCCCCGCGCGAUAUAUGUUAGAUGGAGAUCGAGAAAACACGCUACUUCAUCUCGCUAGAUCUUCGAGGCCGAGUUGAGUUUGAAACGUAUCCGGUGUGAGACACUUCGUAAUAUUUAUUAUGCCAUGAAGUAAUAUAUAAAAUAUAAAAGUACUUAUUCUCGCGCGUAAGAUGUCGUCUUAUGUAUUGUGUAUUCGCAUAGUUUGUAUGAAAGUACAAUAAGUAUGACGAAGCGAAACGUCGGCUGCAAAUUGUGCAUUCUAGGAUUAAAUUAGCGAGACAUCGAGAGGUAAGAGCAAUUAAAUUAUCUUAGUGCGAAAUUUGCAAGAAUUGUCAUAAGAGUGUCAAUAAAGAAGGGAAGAGACACAUACACCCUUGAUCUAGCUAGUAUGCAUAGCGCUGUUUUAGACUCGGCGGCAUACUUCUACUUACGCGUUCUUAGUUCAAUUCUCAGCAUCUAAGAAUUUCUCAUAUCGAAUAUGCGAAAGGGACGUGCGUACUAGGAUUAAGCAGGGUGAAAUUCUUUCGAAUUGUUACGGACAUCUUCGUUUUAGUUUACGAUACGCUAUUUCCGGUAUUUGUUUAUUCAUACGUACAUAUUUAAGAGUCUAUCGUACAUACGUAGUUUUAUGCUGCUUUGUGAUAUAUGCUUUAAUAAGUGUAAACCUACUUUUAAGACUGCGAGUUUAAUAAACCAAAUAAGGUUAAGGAGGAAUAAACGGGAAGGGCUGUAGCGUGUCUAUAUGAAGCAAAACAAAUUCCGCAAGUGUUUUGAUGAUAUUUUAAUUAAUAGAUUAUUAAAUUAUUAUUACACCGA